AUGGUCAACUGUCCAAACUGUAAUGUCGAAGUUCGCGACCGUGGACUUUCCAUGCACCUCAGCAGGUACUGCCGCAUGCGUGACGUAGCUACAACAUCCGCGCUUACUGAGCGACUGGAGCACCGACAAACAAUUGCCCAAGCGGCCCGUGUAGAGGAAGAACGGAAACAGCAAGAAGAACAUGAGGUACCAGAUAUUGAAGCGGACUCACGACCAUCUGGGCGUCCCAAUCGCCAGAUACGUCUCCCCAAACGUUACCGUGACGAAGUUCCAGUCCUGCCAAUUCCUGCCCCACCACCAGUUGAGCCGGAUGAGAUAGCACCAGUGCCUGAUGACCCCGACAACAUUGCCAUGGACUUUGACGACAGACCACCAUCGGACCAUGCCCCCCCUACAGAGCAGCAUCGUACGGACGCUGAUACAUUCGACCUUUUUCGUGAAUACCCUCAUUCGUUUCCAACAUACGACCCCGAACAUUCGGCCUACUUCAAUGCACUUUGUGACUCCUCGACAUUCCAGCAUGUUGAUGGAGAUGCCGAUUAUGAACGGCCGUGGUAUGCUGGCUUUGGACAAUCACUCGAAGCGGUCCACCACAAUUACUUCGCACCAUUCCUCAACGCCACUGUUUUUCGGCUCAUGACAUGGUUUUACAACUCAUCAAUCUCGAAAUCACUGCAAGAUCUCAAUCGUCUAGUCAAUGAUGUCAUUUUAGCGGAGGAUUUCUGCUGA